AUGUCUUGGGUCACUGGAAAGGUCUCCCCUGUGGAACUAGACAACAAGAUUGCAGAAGCCACUUCUGAAUCGAUUCCUAAUGGUGAGCUUGAAUUAUCAAUUGCAUUGGAGAUCACUGAUGUGAUUAGAUCCAAAAAGAUUCCCGCUAAACAAUGUAUGCGAGCUUUGAAGAAACGAUUGACUUUAAUUUAUUCAAAUCCCAAUUUAAUGAAGUCGACAUUGAAGUUGAUUGAUUUAUGUGUCAAGAAUUCGGGAUUUCAUUUCUUGGUGGAAAUUGCGUCCAAAGAAUUCAUGGAUUAUUUAGUUGAUUUUAUCUUAUUGGUUCACUACAACGUUAAGGAGAGAAAUGUCAAGAACAAUGAAGCCAAAUUAAGUGUAGGUAACUUGAUAUUGUCUUUAGUUAAAGAAUGGUCGAUUGUAUUUGGUAACCAAUUACAAUUGAAUUAUGUGGAAAAAGUGUAUAAUGAAUUGGUCAAUCAAGGCUUUGAAUUUCCAGAAUUAAGUGGUCACGUUCAACAAAUGACCAGCACUUUUGUGGAUUCUGAAGUGCCACCAGAUUGGGUCGAUAGUGAUUCAUGUAUGAUUUGUUAUACUCCAUUCUCGAUGAUCAACAGAAAACAUCAUUGCCGUGCGUGUGGAGGAGUAUACUGCCAAACCCAUUCAGCAAACAACACUCCCUUGGUUCAGUUAGGUAUUAUGGAAGCUGUUAGGGUGUGUGACAACUGUUUAGCUAAACAAAAGGCCAAGACUAGUAAGAAUAAACCUAGUCAUGAGAGAAGCUCCUCAAGGUCAAUUCAAAAUGAAGCCCUUGAUGAUGAAGAGGAACAAAUCAGAAGAGCAAUCGAGUUGAGUUUGCAGGACAGCUCUAUUCCAUCAGCACCACGUCAUGAACCUCCUCAAGCACCACCUCCUACUCAAGAAGCAGAUGACGAAGAUGAAGAAAUGAAAGCGGCCAUUGCUGCAAGUUUAAGAGAAUAUGAAUCUGAAAAGGCCGCCCAUCAAAGCCAUCAACAGUUCCAACAACCUGAGCAACAACAGCAACCACCAACACAACCUGAACUGGAUCUUUACAAUUUCAGCAUUCCAACUUCUAAUUCUCAACAAAACCAAUAUCCCCAAUAUGGAGCCCCACAACCACAAUUUCAACAACAAGAACCACCUCAGCAGCGCCAACCACCAGUUCAAGAAGAUUUAUCACAAGCCGAAGAAGAACAAAUCAAUCUCUUUAUUACUUUGAUGAAUAGCUUAAGAAAUGAUCCGAAGAAACAAGCUAAUGUUAUGUACGAUCAAGAUCUUAACGAAUUACACUCCAAGAUAAUUAGAUUGAAACCAAAGGUUAACAAAUCGUUGCGUAUUGCUAUUGAACGUUAUGAAUCAUUCUUGGAAAUGAAUAAUAAAAUAUCUACAAUUUCAAGAUUGUAUGAUCAAUUUUUGGAAAACAAAUUGAAUUUAGCCUAUGGAAAUCAUUAUAUUAGUAACCCACCAGCACAUCAACCACAGCAACCACAGCAACAGCAGCAACAACAGCAACAACAACAACAACCAGCUUAUCAUACCUUUAAUGAGUUGCCACUGCAGGGAACUGGAUAUUCUCAACCCACUGCAGUGCAGAGUGAACAUCGUCCAUUUGAGAGUUCUGCUUAUCACGAGCAAACUCAAGCACCACAGGGCACUGGCGGGUAUCAGCAGGGCCCACAAAGGACUGGCGAGUAUCAACAAGCCCCCCAACUUUCAGGUGGGUAUCAGCAAGAUCCGCAUACAACUGGUGAAUAUCAGGGUAAUUCCCAAAGAACGGGCGAAUAUCCGCCACAAACUCAACAAUAUCCUCAAGAGCCUACCUCCACUGGAUAUUACGAGCAAGCUAAUGCUUAUCCAAGGGCUAAAGUAGAGCAAAAACAAGCUAGUUACCCCACUUCCGAUAAUUAUCUCCCUUCAGAACCAUCACAAAAAUCAGAGAAUGAUUAUGUUACUGUUUCUUUGCCUCAUUACCCGCCACCGGAAGAUUUAAAGCAGGAAUUGCCGGUGCAAUCAUUUAUCAGAAGGGCAUCUUCUUCACUUCCUGCAAACGCUCUUGAAGAUGCCAAUGCCAAGUUUCCUACUUUGGAGAAUGUUGAAGAGGAAUAUGACCGUAGUCAUAAGGGUAUUGAUAAAUUACCAGUUUUACCUAGUUUGGAUCUGUUUGAAGAAGACAAAGAGUCCGAACAGGUUAGUGUAAAUGGAGGAAAGAGAUUUGUAUCUGAGCCAGAGCCUUUAAUUGAUUUAUAG